AUGUCCAGCAAUGUAUACAUCCUUCUCGCUGAAGAGGUGCGCCGGUUCGAUGGUAGCUGGUGCCUCUUGAAACGUUGCAGGAUGAACUUCAUGCUGCCCCUCGCAUCCUCUUUGGGCGUUGGUGUGGCUCUCAUUGCCAGCAGACGCCACUCCCGCACCGAUUCUUCUGCCGACUCCGAGCCCGUUCACACCUCGCCUGAGCCCGUUCACACCACUGAGUCCGUCACAGUCCCACUCAGACAGUUGUCUGGUGACAAGCCGGUUCAGCAAGGCGAGGAGCCUGCGACUGAGAAGAAGAUGAAUGCUGAUAAAGUCAAAGCGGGGGGUGUAGAUGGCCCCGAUGCUGCCCCCCCUGCCGCGGAGCGGCCAGAGAUUCAGAAAAAGGUGGUGAUCCGCAUUGAUCCAGAACUAGAGGCGAGCGCGAUGCAGAAGAAAGUGACGGCGUAUCGGGAGCAGAUUGUGAAGCACAUCGUGAGCUCAGGCGCCAUCAAGGUGACGCUCGAGGGGUUCCCCUACUACAUGAGCGAGAGCACCAAGACGCUUCUGGUAAACAGUGCCACGACGUUCCUGAAGCGCCAUGAGUUCGUCAAGUACAUGAAGCAGCUGUCAACCAUCAGCCCCAGGAUCCUGCUUGUGGGGCCCGUAGGCUCUGAGGCAUACCAAGAGACGACGGUCAAGGCCCUGGCCCGCCAGUUUGGGGCGAAGCUUCUUGUUUUCGACAACACCGCCAUCUCGCUAGACGUGCAAUACCCGUGCACCCCCCGCGUCGCCCCCCUCAAGGCGGAGAUCAACGGCCUCGAUCUUCUGGAUGGCGACGAUGCCUCCUCCAUCGAUUCCAAGGACCGCGAUUCGCCGCUAGGGCCGCGCCUCGGGCGCACCUCCUCCUUCGGAAUGAGGGUCGAUGACCUCACGGAGCCGUCCAUCAAGGACUUCCUGUCGUGGGUGCAAGACCAGCUCAAGCAGCAGUCAGCCGCGCCCCCCCCCGCCCCGACUGACGGCGCUGCGUCGCCCACGAAGCCCCCCCCCAUCCCGCUGGACCACGUGCUGGACCUCCUGCACGAGUACGGCGACAAACUAGAGCGGACGACUUCCGGCGAUGUGCUCCGGAGCUCUCCCUCCGGAACGCUGUUUCGGACGAGCUCCGGCGCCAACUGCGUCGAGUGCCUCAAGCGGACGUCAUCGGUCGCGUCAGAGAUGACGGAGGAUGACGUGCACGGCGGGCAGGUGGGAGACGCGCCGGGGGGGGAGGUUGCCCCGCCGGUCGCCAAGGAGGCGGCCCCCCUGGCGAAAAAGGAGCUCGCAGUCGAGGACCGGGUGGUGUUUAUCGGGGCGACUGCGGCCAAGAACGCGACGUUCACCACGUUUGGCGGCUUCCACGGCAAGCUGGUUAAGAAGCGUGACGCGGAGCCUAACUUGGGGGUUAUCUUCGACGGGCCAUUCCCGGGGGGCCACUCCCUCAACGGGGCCUGCGACGAUGGGAGGGGCUACUACUGCUACGAUAACGAGCUGCGGCUCGAGGGCGCGUCUGACGAGACCAAGGCGCUGAUCGACGCUCUGUUUGAGGUCAUCGCGGCGGAGGGCGAGGACCCGCUUAUUGUGUACAUCCGGGACGUCGAGAACUGGAUCCUCAACAACUUCGAGGCGUACACCAGCUUCAAGGAGCGCAUCGAGCGCGUGCGCGGGCGCGUGCUCGUCAUGACGUCAUACAUCAGCAAGGAGGUCGCGGCCGCCCCGGCGGGCGCCAAGGACGACAAGAAGGAGGCUCUGCCGAGCGUGCCGAGCCAGCUGGCGGCGCUGUUCCCGAGCGAGAUCCUGAUCCGCCCCCCCCAGGACGAGACCAUGCUGGACCAGUGGAAGCGCCAGCUGAAAAAGGACUCGGAGUCGAUGCGCGCCGACGCCAACCGCAAGAUGCUGCGACAGGUCCUGGCGUCCAGCAACAUCAAGUGCGAUGGCCUGAGCACGGUGCAGAUUGAGGACAAGAUUCUCACCGAAGAACUGGCUAAGCGCGUGGCGGGGUGGGCUGCGAACCACUAUCUGGUCACGGCGGAGAAGCCGGAGGUGCGCAACAACAAGCUCGUCAUUCAAUCAGCCAGCCUGGCCCACGCGAUCGAGAUGCUGCACUCGAUCCACGACGACUCCAACUCCGCCAAGAAGGCCCUCCAGGAUGUCGUCAUCGACAACGACUUCGAGAAGAACCUGCUCUCCGAGGUCAUCCCUGCCAACGAGCUCGGCGUCGACUUUGCUGACGUCGGCGCGCUGGAUGACGUCAAGGACGUCCUCAAGGAGCUGGUCAUGCUGCCGCUGCAGUUCCCGGACCUAUUUGCCAAGAGCCAGCUCACCAAGCCGUGCAAGGGCAUCCUGCUGUUCGGCCCCCCUGGUACCGGCAAGACCAUGCUGGCCAAGGCAGUGGCCACCGAGGCGGGCGCCAACUUCAUCAACGUGUCGAUGUCAAAAAUCACGUCCAAGUGGUUCGGCGAGGACGAGAAGUACGUGCGCGCGCUCUUCACGCUCGCGUCCAAGAUCGCGCCGUGCACCAUCUUCAUCGACGAAGUCGACAGCAUGCUCGGCCGCCGUGACUCGCGCCACGAGGCGGAGGCGAUGCGCAAAAUCAAGAACGAGUUCAUGACCUGCUGGGACGGGCUCCGCACGCGUGAGAAGGAACGGGUCCUCGUGCUUGCGGCGACUAACCGGCCGUUCGAUUUGGAUGAGGCCGUGCUGCGCCGCUUCCCCCGGAGGGUGAUGAUCCCUCUGCCGGACGUGGAGAAUCGCGAGAAGAUUCUGCGCGUGGUCCUGGAGAAGGAGGAGCUCGGCUCCGACAUCGACUACAAGGAACUGGCGGAGGCCACCGAAGGGUACUCGGGGAGCGACCUGAAGAACAUGUGUGUGACUGCCGCGUACCGCCCCGUGCGCGAGCUGCUGAACAAGCUGAAGAAGGACAAGGAGGCGGCCAAGGCCACGGGGCAGGACCCGGCCGGGGUGGUCCCCCAGGGGGUGCGCCCCCUCUCCAUGGAAGACCUGCGCAAGGCCAGGGAACAGGUGGCCGCAAGUGUCAGUCCCGAGGCGUCGAUCGUCCAGGAGCUGAUGCAAUGGAACGAGCAGUACGGGGAGGGGGGCUCCAGGAAGAAGCCCGCGCUGACGUACUUCAUGUGAUGACGUCACGGGCGCUCGCGCACUUUCCAAGGGGGCCUGUGCUGACCCCUGUCGCCUUGCGGGGCGAGGUUUGAGAUACGCGCGAACCAGACUUUGAUUGUCUAGCUGGGGUGUUCAGAUAUUCGAGGUUUGCUGGGGGUUUGGUAGCGAGGUUUCCGCGCGGGAACGCUUUGUUUCAUAGUAGCUUCGAGCGAGAUCAUGGGCGCGGCAGGUGGAAGGAGGUAGGAGGGUAUGGUGAGGUUGGUGAUUAGCGUAAGCGGCUCGUCGUGUUAAGGUUUACGUUCUGAUGCUUUGCAGCUUUGACUGUGGUCAACGCCAUUAAGGCCUGCUUCAAUAUUGCAUCUGCAUAAACUGCCCAUUGUAGAGAGAGUAGUUGUAUCAUUAUACGUCCCUUUAGUUCCCUGGUAGAAGCAGAUUGACAUCUCUUAGGGGUUGAGGUGUUCCCAGGUCUCGGUGCACGAGUCUAGCCGUGUACCCGAUGCUCAGUGUAUUCAACCUUGUGUACAAAGCUGCAGGAGAAAUCGUCCAAUUGCC